AUGAGGAGACAGACCAGGAGGAGACAGACCAGGAGGAGACAGACCAGGAGGAGACAGACCAGGAGGAGACAGACCAGGAGGAGACAGACCAGGAGGAGACAGACCAUGAGGAGACAGACCAGGAGACAGACCAGGAGGAGACAGACCAGGAGACAGACCAUGAGGAGACAGACCAGGAGGAGACAGACCAGGAGGAGACAGACCAUGAGGAGACAGACCAGGAGGAGACAGACCAUGAGGAGACAGACCAGGAGGAGACAGACCAGGAGGAGACAGACCAGGAGGAGACAGACCAUGAGGAGACAGACCAUGAGGAGACAGACCAGGAGGAGACAGACCAGGAGGAGGACCGACCAGGAGGAGACAGACCAGGAAGAGACAGACCAUGAGGAGACAGACCAGGAGGAGACAGACCAGGAGGAGACAGACCAUGAGGAGACAGACCAGGAGGAGACAGACCAUGAGGAGACAGACCAGGAGGAGACAGACCAUGAGGAGACAUACCAUGAGGAGACAGACCAGGAGGAGACAGACCAUGAGGAGACAGACCAGGAGACAGACCAUGAGGAGACAGACCAGGAGGAGACAGACCAGGAGGAGACAGACCAGGAGGAGGUACAUAGUGCCUCGGUGCCGACUCAAUCGCUUUAA